AUGUUGGAGCAGUGUUAUCCUGCCCCCUCAAGCCGCAAUGGUGUUGAUCCGGCACCACCUCCUCACGCUCCUUCAAUCUCACUUGCCUCAAUGUCUCUGGCUUCACAACCUGACCAAAUCCUUUCAUCUAUCUACCCCUCCAACGCUUUCAUAGAUGCCCAUCCACUUCCUUCAACCUCCACACGUCCUGCUCGACCUACGUAUUGUCAAAAAACGGCCGAUACACUUCCAAUGCAGAUUUACUUUGUCUCUGAUCAGUCCAGCAAAUUGGAUCCAGAAGGGAAGCCGUUUGAAAAUAAAGAAAGAACGGAAGAUCUGAAGGAAAGGAAGCUUGGUUCACAUUCAGAUAGUCACUUCAUUGGUGAGGUUGCGGCUAAGCGAUCUCUGGCCAUGAGUGGACCUCGACUAAGUGACCUUAGUGUUUUGCAUGGCUCGGAUACUGAGUUCAUCAAUCGCCCUCCGGUGCUUAAGCAUGCCCAAGAGGAUCCAAUAGCAACACACGAUCGCGUCGUGGCUCGAAUGGCGGCUGGG